CAUCUUCGAGACAGCGAGACUGACACACUAUCUUCCAUUUGUAGAGAGAGAACAGUUGAAAGAAUUUGAUUUUUGAAUAGUGGGUGUGAACAUUGAAGUGAAGUGAAUACUUCUAUACUGCACUUGGUAGUUAACUUGAUUAUUUUCUCAGUCUUAGCUGAAACAUUGAGGAUUGGAGAACAAGGAUGUUUUCUGCAUCAUCCAAUGUCUGUCAAGAGGAUAAACUCUUGGAAUAUUAAGGAAAUCAUCUUAAUUUGAGCUAAUCAUCGGUUCUGCGCGUACCAAACCGAAAUCAUGGUGGAAGAUGGUGAUGAGGUUGCAGUUGAUGCACGUUCCACAGAAGACUGGUUGUUGCAUGCACAGGAACUUGUUCCCGUUGUUCUUGAUAAGGCAAGAGAGGCUAAGGGAUUUGCCGGUAGAUGGAAGAUGAUCAUUGCAAAAUUGGAACAGAUCCCGUCACGAUUAUCAGAUUUGUCAAGCCAUCCGUGCUUCUCAAAAAAUGCUUUAUGCAAGGAGCAGUUGCAGGCUGUGUCAAAGACGCUUGGGGAAGCGAUUGAAUUAGCCGAGUUGUGUAUGAAGCAAAAGUAUGAGGGUAAGCUUCGGAUGCAGAGUGAUCUAGACGCAUUGACUGGGAAGCUUGAUUUGAAUUUGAGGGAUUGUGGGCUUUUGAUCAAAACUGGUGUGCUGGGUGAGGCUACUUUACCAUUGGUCGUGUCAAGUUCUGUGGCAAAAUCAGAUGUUGCAAUACACAACAACAUAAGGGAAUUGCUGGCGCGUCUUCAGAUCGGGCACUUGGAAGCAAAGCACCAAGCUCUAGACAGCGUUGUUGAGGCCAUGAAGGAAGAUGAGAAGAACGUUUUAGCGGCUCUUGGUCGGAGCAACAUUGCUGCUUUGGUUCAAUUGCUUACAACUACCUCUGUCAGAAUAAGAGAGAAAAAAGUUAUUGUUAUAUGCUUGCUUGCAGAAUCUAGUAGUUACGAAAAUUGGCUAGUUUUUGAGGGAGUUCUGCCACCUCUUAUAAGGCUUGUAGAAUCUGGCAGUGCAGUGGGGAAGGAGAAGGCCACGAUAUCCCUUCAGAGGUUGUCUAUGUCAGCCGAAACAGCUCGCGCAAUCGUGGGACAUGGUGGGGUCCCUCCAUUGGUUGAACUUUGUCAAAUUGGUGACUCUGUGUCACAGGCUUCGGCUGCUUGUACUCUGAAGAACAUAUCAGCUGUGCCUGAGGUGAGACAAACUUUGUCCGAAGAAGGGAUUGUGAGGACCAUGAUCAAUCUUCUUAACUGUGGUAUUCUGUUAGGUUCAAAAGAGCAUGCUGCAGAAUGUUUGCAGAAUCUCACUGCAAGCAACGAGAAUCUAAGGAGGAGUGUCAUAUCAGAAGGUGGUGUUAGGAGUCUUCUGGCUUAUCUUGAUGGUCCACUUCCUCAAGAAUCCGCUGUUGGAGCAUUGAGGAAUUUGGUCGGAUCGGUCCCUGAGACAUCCUUGGUCUCUCUCGGUUUGGUCCCCCGAUUGGUUCACGUGUUAAAGUCGGGAUCUUUAGGUGCUCAGCAAGCCGCCGUAGCUGCCAUAUGCAGAGUUUGCAGCUCGACAGACAUGAAGAAAAUGGUUGGUGAAGCUGGAUGCAUCCCUCUCAUUGUGAAAAUGCUUGAGGCUAAGUCAAACAGUGCUAGAGAGGUUGCUGCCCAAGCAAUUGCAAGCCUGAUGGUUGUGUCUCAGAAUAGGAGAGAAGUCAAGAAGGAUGAUAAAAGUGUGCCAAAUUUGGUUCAGUUGCUCGAUCCAAGUCCUCAGAACACUGCAAAAAAAUAUGCAGUCACAUGCCUCGGAUCACUUUCUUCAAGUAAGAAAUGUAAGAAGCUAAUGAUCUCGUAUGGGGCUAUUGGGUAUCUCAAGAAACUUACUGAGAUGGACAUUCCAGGAGCUAAAAAGCUGCAUGAACGGUUGGAAAGAGGGAAAUUGAAAAGUUUUUUUAGCAAGAAAUAGAGAAAAAAAUAUUUGUUAAUUUCCUUUUUGUACCAAGAAGCAAAAUGCCAAGUUGCAAACUUGAAUGAAACAAGUUUGUUAAUCUAUGAUGUAUUAUAAUCAGUGUUAGUUUAUAUUAUAAAUAUUUAAAUUUCUG